AUGAGCAUUUUGAUGAGAUCACAAGUCCGCACACACACAGGCUCAUACCAGACCAUCGCCUCAAAUGCACCGAUAGGAUUACUUUGUUUCAGAGACCUUUUCGAACAAGAAGACGCCGUCACCCCUAACAAACAACACCUCGAAUCGGUGUUGGCUCGGGAUUUUAGGGACUUGGAAAAUGGCACCGAGAGAAGCAAAGCUCGUCAAGACGUCAUCAAUGCCAUAAUGACCCGGAGAUCACGGUAUUCAAAAUACCAAACGGACAUAUCACAGUGUUGGUGCAUAACAAACCCGGACAAAUCCCAGACUGUGCUAUUUGAAGGCAUCCGCUUCAUGAUGUUCAUCCAUGAUGACGAAUGGGUCCGGGUCCCGCUCUCAGGCCGCCUCGAAGUCCGUCCGGCCACCCGGAACGGCAAGUCAGCGGGGGAAAUCGUGCAGAGAAAGAUGACCCUGGAUCUCACCGGCUUCUGGCAGCGGCGUGAAGUCCUUAGAAAGAUUCUCAAACCUCCUCAUUCGGCUAAAACGAGUGCUUCGCCCACGUUGCCGCCUUACCCCGAGCUGGACGGAGGACCAAAACUCGAAGCAGGCCCUAAAGCUGAAAUGUAUGGUGAUGUACCGCCGACCGGCGUUAACAGGAAUAUCCUCCCGGACAGGCAGCUCCCGAAGGAUAAGACGUCGCCACAGCCAGCAGCUCCAGCUCGACAAUACCGCCUCCCUCUGGGUUCAAUGCAGCCACGUCCCCCAGAAACGCGGGACCAAGAAGAUUUUGUCCCCCAGACUGUCCCUGAAAAACGGCCUAUACAGCCUCGUCGGUUUGAAGAAGAUUAUCGGCAGGAUAUGCAAAAGCCAACUUCCUAUGCUCCCCAAGCGGGAAUGUAG